CUUUUUGUUUCUACUAGCUAGACAUACUCCUAGAUUUCGCCUUUUUGAACUGUGUAUCAGCAGUAUUACUGUCUAUGCUAACGCUCCGUCCACAGUCCUGAGCAGUAAAAAAUGAACUGCUUUUUGACAGUCUCUUAGCAUAAAAGAGUUAUUCAUUUAAAAAUGGAGACAAUAUUUCAUGAAAAGCAAGAAGGAUCCUUAUGUGCUCAACAUUGCUUGAAUGCCCUGUUACAAAAUCAAUAUUUUAGUGCUGUUGACUUGGCACAGAUAGGGCAGCGGUUAGAUGAAACAGAGAGGGAUAGAAUGGCAGAAGGUGGAAUUGGAACCAAUGAGUACCAGAGAUUUAUUGAGGAACCAUCAAGUAACUUUGACGAUAGUGGUUUCUUUUCUGUUCAAGUCAUAACAGAGGCUCUCUCUGUAUGGGGUCUAGAUAUUGUUUUAUUUAACAGCCAGGAUCCUGUUGCAGUGUUAGCCAGGGCAGAUCCUACAAAGAUGUCUGCUUUCAUCUGUAACUAUCAUCAGCACUGGUUUUGUAUUCGAAAGCUGGGGCUUCAGUGGUUUAACUUAAACAGUCUACUUUCUGGUCCAGAAUUGAUAUCAGAUACUUACCUUUCUUUGUUUUUAACUCAACUACAGCAAGAAGGUUAUUCAAUAUUUAUAGUGACAGGGAAUCUCCCAGAUUGCGAAGCAGAUCAGCUAUUACGACUGAUGCCAGCUAUUCAGACUGUCAAGCCAAGUCUGCUGACUGAAAAAGAAACUGAAACUGAUGUAGUUGAAGAUGAUGACAGGGCUCUUAAAGAAGCUCUGAGAGCCAGCAAAGAGUUAAUUGAUAAAGAUGAUGCUGCUUUACAGAGAGCUUUGCAAAUGAGCCUGGAAGGAUAUUCAAAUGAACUUGCUCCAAAGAAAGCUACAUCCUCACUGACUGGUGCAUCAAGCAAAGAAAGUCCUUCCACAAGCAAAGAAACUAUCCCAGUUUCUCAAGAAGAGUUGCGAAAUAAACGCAUUGCUUUCCUAAGUAAACAGCAAGAUAAUUCGGUUCAGGUUGAGCAAGGUGGAGGUCAAGUUAAGCAGGGUGAAGGUCAAGUUAGUGAAACAGAUCUUUCAGAAGAAGAGCUUCUCAAGCAGGCUAUAGCAAUGUCUAUGGAACACAGCUGAUAAUAAAUUUUUGUAUAUAUCUGUAUAUCUGUGAUAAUCAUCAUAGUUGUUAUAUUUUUUGUGCCACGCAUCAAACAAAAUUUGUCCUGAAAAGUGUAUGUAUAUGCUGUUUAAAAGCAUAUACCUUUGUAUUAUUUGUCAAAAUGUAUCACAAAAUAAUGCACGAGUUGGUAGUUGUGAGAAGACUAGAUUUUGAAAAAAGUCCUUUUUAUCAAGCUGAUUGAAAUUUGUGCUUGUGCGGAUGUUGAUUCUUUUAUUAAUAGCGCAACUUAAUGUAAAGUAACUAACAGCUUUUUCAAUGUGUAAUUAAGUAUUUGGGCUAGCACAUUUUUUUACAUAGCUGUUUACUUCCAUACAAAUUUUUUCUAGGCUGAAUGGAUUAGAUGAAUUUUAAAUGUGCUUAUACCUAUUGUGUUCUCUUUUUUUUUAAAUGUAUGGGCAUCGUGACCACACUAACCCUUAAUGUACUGAGGUCAGAGAAACACACUGCUUCAUCAGCCCCAGGGAUAGCCAUAAGAAUUUUCCUUUUUUUUUUGCUCCUUAAGUAUAAUGUUUUUGCAGAGUUUAAAAAACUACUGUUGACACUAAUUGAUGAUUUCAUUUAUAGCACUAUAAUUCAUUUAAUUUAGCUGUGUGCUAAAACAGUUCUCUAUACUUUUUUUUUCAAAGCAGUGUUUUUAAAAUAAGAUUAAUUAAACCCAUUCAGUUAUUUAUAGAAAUAAUAACAAAGCUUUACAAAUAAUUUUUGCAAUAACGUAUUUCUAUUUUAAACAUUUUAUUUUAUACGAGCUGACCUGCGACGUAGCUAUUUAGUUGUUUUAUUUUCUAUUUUUCAGUAAUACAUAAUUUGUGAAUUCGACACUACCAGUGCUGCGACUGAAAUAUUUGCUUUAAAACACUAUCAGUAGCUCGUGAAGGACGACUA